UGUUGCAUAGUCAGUCUGAAAUUCAGCUUCACACAAGCAGCGUUCGUUCAUUGUAAUCUCCCAUUUUCGUAAAUAGUUCUCGAGUCGGGUGAAAAUUCGAGUUUCGAAUACGAAUAAAUAGAUUAUUCGAUCGAUACCGAUAUGAAGUGGUACAGCGCAAGUAUCCUGAUUGCCCUGAUCGCAGCGGUUGUCGCGGACCAAAAAACCUACACCGACAAAUGGGACAACCUCGACGUAACGCCCAUCUUCCGUAACUCCAGACUAUUCCUCAAUUAUAAAGAAUGUAUAUUGGGAAAAAGGGUGACUGGGUGUCCCCAGGAAGCCGUCGAACUAAAAAGAGUUAUACCAGAAGCGCUUUCGACACGAUGCGCGAAAUGCUCGGAUAAACAGAAAGACAAGAUGAAGGAUAUUCUCGAAAAAAUCUGCGCCGAACAACCGGAGAGCUUCAAAGAAUUCCUCGAUCGUUUCGACCCGACCGGAGAACACCGUGUCGCUUACGAAGAUAAAUUUGGCAAACUUAAAGGCAACUGUUAGGCAGCGAUUAUUUUACUUUUGGGAAUAACCGCUAACGAGACCGUUACACAAGUCUCGGUGUUUGUUCAUUUUUAAGAUUAAGCGAAUGUUGAAUCGAAGCAAUAAAAAUGUUAUAUAUCUGUGAA